UCUCCUGGGAGUUGAAUCAUCACUUGGCGUGAAACUGAGAGAGAAGCUGAAAAGCUUUUCGCGUGCUGACGUGCGCCAUGGAGAUGACGGGUAUGCAGUUCAAGGAUUACCACGUCAGCAGGCCACAUCGUCUGUUCUUAUUCCUUGGGCUGUUCUCCCUGGUCGGCAGUGCAGCUUUUGUAUGGAGCCCCUACCACGUUCGAUCCUGGCCUGCUAUUCCCCCUGUGCACAUUCGCCGUGUUGCGAAUUCAAGCAAGGAGAAUAUUUGGUUAGUGGAAACUUCCGGCAAAGCAGCCCUGAACGCCAGACAGGCAUGCAGCAUUGAAUCGGCCGCCAUCUACAAUCCCGAAUUUAAUGUUCGUCUGCUCUCGACCGGAAAUGUAGGCGACGGUAGUUGCCCGUAUUACCGCGUCCUCCUCGGUUUGCCAAACUUUAUCUGGGCCCGAGUCAACGCAAGUGAUGUACUUGAUGGUAGCCCAAUUAAAGAGCUGUACCUCAAGUUUUUCAACCCUGGAUCGCCCUAUGCCACGCCGCACCUCAGCGAUUUCCUGCGGUACCUGUUGUUGUGGAAGCAAGGCGGUGUCUACCUGGACACCGACGUCAUCGUGACUAAACCACUGACCGGCAUAAGAAACAGCGUCGUGUAUGAAAACAUCCGGGCAGGUGAAGUCGCCAGUGCGGUACUGUUCUUCGACGCGAAAUACCCUGUGCUCGAAACUCUGAUGAAAUGGUGUGCUAGCAUGUACUUGCCUGAUGAUUUCGCCGGGUGUGGCCCGGUGGUCGUGUCGAAGCUCCCGGGGGACAUCAAGCUGUCUCGCCUCGUGACCUUCUUGGACAACUCAACUUUCAUGGCCAUACAUUGGAGCGACUGGAAGGCGCUCUUCUCGCCCAACGAGACGUUGCGGGUGCUCCGCGCGACAAAAAGUAGCUAUGGCGUUCACUUCUGGAACUUCCUCAGCCAUCGUACGCCUAUCGUUCCACGAUCCGGAUGCGCUAUGGACUAUUUCGCUGAAUCCCACUGUCCCCGAGUGUACAAAGUAGCGUCACAGCAGCCGUACUUCUAGGCUGUGCACGAAACACGGACUUGCCGUUUAUCUCAAUUAAAGCUGCAGACACGCUGCAGAAGUACAUAUUGCAAAUGAAAACUGAACAGCCGUCACUGUUAUGCUUUUGCAGUGGCGGGGACCAACAAAAUAUUCUUUUAAAUGUGAAGACAUACCUUUAUGAUUCAUUAAAAUUGAAAAGUAA